AUGGACGCUUGCUACCGGGCGGACUUUCCUAAAGAUGCGGCUGUCAGCGAAAGAUCGGAGCUGAAGGCAAAGCCGUGCGUCACACUGGAGGAUCUCCAACGACUACGCGCCCAACGCCGAGACGAUCCAGAACGCCAACGACUUCCGCAGGCACAAGACUUUACCCUCGAAAUCAACCACCCUUGGCCUUUCCAGGCUAACCGGACGCUCUGGCUCCGGGUCCUGCCUCCCACCGUGGGGUCGUCCACCACCGUGGGAUCGUCCACCACCGUGGGAUCGUCCACCAUGAAUGAGCCGGAAGGGUGCAUGGUAUACGUACACGGGGGCGGCUUCGUGAUGGGCCAGAAAGACGAACAAGACUUCAAGCUGCUCCGGCUUAAUGCCGGUGGCCGACUGCUGGUUGUCAGCCUCGGCUACCGCCUGGCACCAGAACACCCUCACCCCACGGGAGUCGACGACGUGGCCAGCGCCCUCUACUGGCUGUCCACCCCUCGCGGCCGCCGCUUCAUGAGCGGCCAAGGACGCCCCGACCACCCCGGCCGUCAGGGGGACGUCUCCAUACAUCUCGACGGACCCGUGCAGCAGGAGGAAGAGGAGGAGGCGGCCCUACCGACAUGGACACAGAACGUGUUUCUUUGUGGCGAAUCGGCGGGGGCGUACCUGGCUUUCCAGGCAGUGUCCAAGUUGCAGAAGCAGUUCGGCUUGGACUUGGUAAAGGGCACGGUGUUUGUGUACGGCUGUUUCGACCCGGGGAGCACGCCCUCAGUCGCGCAGUGUCGGUGUCAGUCUGCGCUGCACCCGGCCGAGAUGGGCUUCUUCAUGGACUCAACUUUCGGGCCUGACCGGCGAUACGCGCGUGUGCCAGAGGUGAAUGCGUUGUACGACAUCCAUUUCCGCGAAACUGUCCGCCGCGGACGGAACCACGUGCUCCUCGUGUGUGGUGCUGACGACCCGCUGUACUGUGACUCCGCCUUCAUGUACAUGGUGCUAACGCGGCACGCCGCCUCUGUGGAGAUGACUUUUGUCGAGGUUGAAGAAAAGAUUACUGAGAACGGACGUAUCCCGGCUGCCGUGGAAUUAAAGUCCUUUAUCGGACUCACACACGCGUGCUUCGGCCGAGAGGAGGUCCUGACGGGGUACGUGGAGGCCUGGGUGAGGGCUGCGAGCAGUGCUGCCACGGCGUCGCUUCAGCUGACAAGCUGA